AUAAAUGUAAAGUGGGUUGGUUGGUCGUUUAAUAAACUUGUUGAACUAAAUUAGUAGAAGUAGUACACAAAGAGGAUCCCACCGAUCCAUCGUACAAUCGUAGCCAUCUUCAAGUUCUAUGAAGCCAUUAGUGGUAGAGACUUAUUAGAGAAGGUGUAGCUUUGGUAAGAAAGAAAAAAAAGAAAGAAGAAAAACAGAAAGUAAAGAAAAACCAGGCUAUCUCGCAUACACAGCAGCAAAUAGCCAUCACUGUUGCUUCUUUCACUGUUUAAUUUCAAUAAUAAGUCACGAAUAAUCUCGCCCGAUGUUUUCACUCAGAAUUCUCACUUUAAAUUGCUGGGGCAUUCCCUUCCCAGUGAUAUGUAAGGACAAGAAUUUUAGGAUUAAAAGCCUUGUGAAGGCUCUGUCAGAAAGUGAAUAUGAUAUCGUUUUACUCCAAGAGAUUUGGUGCAUAUCUGACUUUGAACUUUUACAAUCAGUGAUUUCAAAGAAAUUCCCACAUUCCCACUAUUUUCACAGUGGCAGCAUUGGCAGUGGUAUGUGUGUCUUUACAAAACAUCCAAUCAAGGAUGCUCUCUACUUCAAUUAUCGUCUAAACGGCUACGCACAUAAGAUACAACAUGGUGACUGGUUUGCUGGCAAAGGAGUUGGCCUUAUCAAAGUGGAAGUCAGUGGCAUAAUGAUCAACAUCUACACAACACAUAUCCAUGCAGAGUAUAGUGAUAUUAAUGACGAAUAUUUCACCCAUCGCUUGAUCCAGUCGUUUCAACUUAGCCAGUUUAUAAAGCAGACUUCAGAGAAAUGUGAUGUUGUCUUUGUUGGUGGAGACUGUAAUAUGGAACCAAAGUCCCUCAGUUACAAAAUCCUUACUACCAAUGCCAUGUUAAAUGAUGCAUGGUUGAAAAAGAAAAAUAUCAUGGACGACAAACUUGGUAAUACGUGUGAGUGUCCUGACAACUCUUACACUGAUUCUGCUACGACACUGAAAUUCCCACACGGCAAAAGGAUCGAUUAUCUGUUGUUCAGAGCUAAUUCAGGUACAAAAGUAACUGUUGAUCAUUACGAAAGGGCGUUUGGAAAGAUUCCCAAUGAUUCCCGGAGCUACUCUGACCAUGAAGGAGUUUCGGCUACCUUCAGUUUAAUGAGUGCACCUACAGCUCAAGCAUGUCCAGCCAGAGAUGCUGUACUUCUUUCAGACCAUCUUCAGGCAAUGAUCAACGAAAUGGACAAAAAUGCAUCCAAAUUGUCUUCAGACAGGAUAAUUUGGAUUUUAUUGGCAAUAUCCAGUACCGUCAUCCUGUUCUUAAGGAAUUGCUGCAGCGUAGGAGGGACAUGUAUUGCCUUUUUCAUGAAUCUGUUGAUGGUAUUUCUAGUUGUCUUCAUAGCCUUCUGCCUAUGGAAUGGUGUUGUGAUAAAUAACAUCGACUCCAAGGCAUCUGCAGCAACGAAAGAAGAGGCCAAAUACCUUUUGAACAGCAAAAAGGAAAACUGAAAUUGUUUCCAUUUUCUCUUCAAAUUGAACAUAAUUUUAUAUACAUAUCAGUUACAUUUUUAUAUCAUAUCUUCAAAUUUCUUGUUGUGUACAUGUAAGUCUAUGUGUGCGUGCGUAUGUGCAUCUGUGUGUGUGUAUGUAUGUGUGUGUGUAUGUGUGUGUUUAAGGUUCGUUUUUUUCCAUGCUAGCAUGGAUUCAACAGGAAUUGAUUUCAAGGCAACAUUUAACACCUGGAAGGCUUUUCCUGUUGCUAGCUCUCACCGGUUUUUCAGUUAAGGGAUUUUUUAAAGAAAUAUUUCACAGGUUCUUGAAAGUACUGAGUAAUCACUUAUAAUGACCACAUGGAAUGUGACCUUCCAUUCCAUUCAAUCAGGGAUGAACAAAAUAUCAGCAUUCACAUAUGUGCGUGUACACACACGCACAUACACAUACACACGCACACAGCACCUUCUGUUGUUGUUCUUUGUUAUUGUUGUUAUUUUAACUCUGAUGGAAAUUAAUCUAGC